UAAUGUAUCAGUACGCGAUAUAAAAUAUCUCCCCCGAGGCAAAACCCUACCUCGUGGGAUUUUUGGUUCGUGUCCGCCUCCCGUGCUCUCAGUCCUCUCGUCCACCUCCGUUGCCAUGGCUGCCGCCGGCGUCUCCCGAUCUGCGAUAGCCAUACUUCGUCCCGCGCGCUAUCUCCUCUUGGGCUCCUCGUCCUCCGCGGCCGCCGCGGCCGCCGUAGCUCACCCAUUCGUGGGGCUCCGCGUUCUCCGCCCUUCUCCGGGCUUUCUUCGGCUGGCUUGGGUUGGGGCGGCCUCCCGCAUCGGUGCGAUCCGGUCCAUGGUCCGGCGGGCAGGCGACUCAUCCUACUCGCCUCUGAACUCCUCGCGGGGUGGUUCCGGGUUCAGCGACCGCCCGCCGACAGAGAUGGCGCCGCUGUUCCCCGGUUGCGACUACGAGCACUGGCUCAUCGUCAUGGAUAAGCCUGGGGGCGAAAGGGCCACCAAGCAGCAGAUGAUCGAUUGCUACGUUCAAACCCUAGCGAAGGUCGUCGGCGGCGAGGAAGAAGCAAAGAAGAAAAUUUACAACGUUUCUUGUGAGCGUUACUUUGGAUUUGGGUGUGAAAUCGAUGAGGAGACAUCCAACAAGCUCGAAGGUCUUCCUGGUGUUCUGUUUGUACUUCCGGAUUCCUAUGUUGAUGCUGAGAACAAGGACUACGGAGCUGAGUUAUUUGCGAAUGGAGAAAUAGUUCAAAGACCUCCAGAGAGGCAGAGGAGGAUCGAUGCAGCGACCACCCAAAGAAACGAUAGAGAUAGACCCAGAUAUAACGACAGGACUCGUUAUGUCAGGCGAAGGGAGAGCCAACGAUGAGCUGGUGGUCUUUUCUGGUAGGUAUUAGGCUGGGCAAACAGUUGGAACUUAAACAAGCGAUUUUCUGCUCAUCUAUUGUUGUGUGAGAUACAAAACCAUGUGAUAACUUGAGCCGUGAAUUGCUUCUCGGUUUGUUUCGCAGUCAUCGUACGCUGAUGUUACUUUGGGUACUUUGAACUUUCAUGCCUGUGAGUUAUUUCACUGGCACUUUCGUAUUUUGAACUUUUUCCUUGUUAUAUCGCAAAUGCUACAUUCCUGCUGUGUUCUUGGCUUGUACUCGAAUCAGUUAAAGAUCAUUGUGAUCAUAUAAUACAACAGGCUCGGUUCGA